CCAGAGGACGGUAGCUUACAGACGGGGAGCUGACCCGGGGUCGUCUCCUGGUUGUUAAAGAUGUCCGGUGGGAACCUCUUCAGCAAAGUGCGCUCAGCCUUCAGGAGGGAGCAGGGGGACUGGGCCCUCAGCGACUCGGCGCCCUUUGACUUCUCCGAUGAGCUUGGGGACGAUGAUGCGCCCAAAUUCAGCAAGCUCAAGGUGGUGGUGUCCGGGGAGAUGUCCGACUACUCCGCCGGGGCUCCGUCCAACGGGGUGGCGGUGAACACGCUGGUGGUGGCGGCGGCGGACGACGACGACUCCCUGCUCGGGUCCUCCUCGAGCCUGGGCAGUCCGAUAAACAUGGACCCCUGUGACAGCUGCACCAAGAGGAGGGAGAUGAUCAAGCACAGGAAGGUGAUGAAGAGGCUCGUUGUUGCUGCUGUGCUGUAUUUCCUCUUCAUGACGGGGGAGAUCAUAGGUGGUUAUGUGUCCAACAGCUUAGCCAUUAUGACUGAUGCUGUCCACAUGCUGACGGAUGUUGUGGGCAUUUUGUUUUCUUUGCUGGCCCUGUGGCUCUCCACCAAACCACCCACCAAGAGAUUCACCUUCGGACUGCAUCGCCUCGAGGUUGUAUCGGCCGUCGUCAGCGUGCUGCUCAUCUACAUUCUGACGGCCAUACUGCUCUAUGAGGCGGUUCAGAGGACAGUGCACCAAGACUUCAACAUAGACGGAGACGUCAUGCUCAUUACCGCAGCUGUUGGAGUAGCUGUCAACCUGGUAAUGGGUUUCUUAUUAAACCAAGGGGGUCACGUCCACUCGCACGGCCCCGGCCACGGUCACUCCCACGGCUCUGCAGCCGCCUCAGGGUCACAUUCGGCCGGGUCGGGUCACCAGCAGAAGUCACACGGCAGCCUGGCUGUCAGAGCUGCCUUCAUCCACGCUUUGGGCGACCUCCUCCAGAGUGUCGGGGUGCUCAUAGCUGCCUACGUUGUCCGCUUCAAGCCGGAGUUAAAGCUGGCCGACCCCAUCUGCACCUACAUCUUCUCCGUUCUGGUUCUCUUCACCACGAUCCGCAUCAUGCGAGACACCACAGUCAUCGUGCUGGAGGGUGUUCCCAGACACUUGGACUCUCAGCGAAUCAAAGAGGACCUCCUGAAGCUGGAGGAUGUCCAUUCAAUCGAUGAGCUGAACGUUUGGGCUCUGACCACUGACAAGACUGCAGCAGUCGUACAUCUGCAGCUCACACCCUCUAGUGCCGACAACUGGGAGGACGUCCAGGCGAAGGCCCGUCACCUCUUGAUUCACACCUACGGUCUCACCAGGUGCACGGUGCAGGUGCAAACACACAGGCAGAGGCUGGCGCACAGCUGUGCUCACUGCCAGCAGUCCAGCGCUUAGACAAAGACUCACAGUGACGUCCUCAGUGCAUUUUCUGGAGCUGGACAGAAAAGGACACAGUGAAAAGAGGCUCUGAAUGGAUGUCACAGCUCGGUGCCAUAGCAGGAGUCAUAGUAUGUAAGUGGAAAAAGAAUGGUGCCAAAGGACAGAUGCACGUUUCUAAUUAAAGGAUCACCACAGCCUCGAGUGGCCGCACGUCCUUACGCUCGAUAAGCCCUCGGAGGGGAGGUUAAAUGCUUCAGUAGAGAAGAAUCAAAGAACGUAUUCUUAAUUCACCAUUAAAGCCUAUUCCACAACUGAUGUUUUAUCAUCAGAUGCAAAUGUAUUUUUUUGUUUAUAGGUGUGACGACUGUACACUAUGAUUUUAUCUCUUUACUAAGGGACGUCUGCAAAUGAAAAGCACCUACUGUCGUUUAAUAAUAAAUCUGUAAACCUCACCACUGGUACACGUGAGGCAAAAAACCCUUUAUUAUUGUUUCCCUUUAUAGGACAUUACAUUUCCUCUAAUGCUCUUAAUCAUUAUUGUUCCACAGCCAAAGUCUGUUGCAGCGCAGAUUUUUUAACAAUAAUUUUAGGUAUUUCUAACAUUGACACUAAAGUCCGGCUUUACUGACCGACAAUUAAAAUAACUUGUCACUGAUGUUUUAUUCCAGCACAUCUCUUAAUUCAUUUUUAUGAGCAUGUAACUGACAAUCAGUGUGACUGACUUGGAAUUCCGUGCUACAGUGGUUUCACUCUAUACUCUGCUUUUUCCUCAUAGCAAUGAACUGAAGCUGUACUGAUGCAGGCAGAUUUAAGGGAAACUUCAGUAUUUUACAGUUGCAGUGUUUUGCAAGGAGAGCGUUUGAGUUGGAAUUUGCCAAUAGUGGUGUUCAUGGUGUUUUGAGGCUGUGGCAGGUUUUUAUUUGAAACCUUUCCACUCCUCUGGUAUUAUUCAUUGAGAGAAGUCAGGAACUGGAUUGCUGUUUUUGUUUGUAAUAAACUAUUUAAGCUCGUG